AGCAUCACGGCCAAUAAUGCCGCAACGCGUCUCCCCCCUGUCUGUCUCUUUCAUCCCCCCUCUCUCUCGCUGUCGUCGUCGUCCCUUCCAUCCCCGCCACCACCACCUCCUCCUCCUCCUCCUCCUCCUUCUUCCAAGAUCUCCUACACCACUUUGUCUCUUCUCCUCCCUCCCCGCAAACUCCCCUUGACCCCUUCCAAUUCGAUCCCGUUUCGCGCUGCUGGUUUGGCCGGGUAUCUUGGCUGCUUCCAUCGGAUUUGGAUAAAACAAACACCGGAAGGGAAAGCGGGACGCUGCUAUCCUCCCUCCCAUUGCCGCUCCUGCUCUGAAUCGUGUCCAAUUCCACGCAUUUUUUCCGGGCGGGUCGGGGUUCGUUGGCGCCGUGCGGAUCCGUUACGGGAGGUCGUCGGCGUGCGUUCCUGUCCGUCCUUGGUUCUUCUUGGCAUGAGCGUUGGGGAAGAUGGGGCUGGAUUACUACAGCGUGCUCAAGGUCAACCGGAGCGCCACGGAGGACGACCUCAAGAAGUCGUACCGCCGGCUGGCCAUGAAGUGGCACCCCGACAAGAACCCCGGCGACAACAAGGCAGAGGCCGAGGCCAAGUUCAAGAAGAUCUCCGAGGCCUACGAGGUUCUGAGUGAUCCGCAGAAGAGGACAGUAUAUGAUCAAUAUGGGGAGGAGGGCCUGAAGACCUCCGCGGACGCCGGUAGCUCGUCGUCAUCUAUGAAUGGCUCCACCAACCACCGCUUCAAUCCUCGGAAUGCCGAGGACGUCUUUGCUGAGUUCUUCGGCAGCAGCAAGCCUUUUGAGGGGAUGGGGCGAGCCAAGUCGAUGAGGUUCCAGACAGAAGGCGCCGGCACCUUUGGUGGGUUCGGUGGUGGCACCGAGAGCAAAUUCAGAUUAUACAAUGAUCCUGUCGGCGCCAGCUCUAGCCAGCCCCGGAAGCCACCGCCCGUGGAGACGAAGCUUACCUGCACGCUUCCAGAGCUAUACUCUGGUUCGACACGCAAGAUGAAGAUAUCCAGGAACAUUGUCAAGUCUAAUGGGCAACUGGGCACUGAAUCGGAGAUUCUGACAAUCGAUAUAAAACCCGGAUGGAAGAAAGGGACCAAGAUCACAUUUCCGGACAAGGGCAAUGAGCAGCCGAACCAGCUUGCCGCCGAUCUCGUCUUCGUCAUCGACGAGAAGCCUCAUGAUGAGUACACGAGGGAAGGCAACGACCUGCUGAUCUACCAGAAGAUCGACCUGGUGGAUGCAUUGGCAGGAACCACAGUGAAUCUGAAGACCCUUGACGGGCGUGACCUGGUGAUCAAGCUGACAGACGUGGUAACACCGGGAUAUGAGCUUGCAAUCGCCAAGGAGGGGAUGCCUAUUGUGAAAGAAAAUGGGAGGAGAGGCAAUCUGAGAAUCAGGUUCGAUGUUGAUUUCCCGAAGAGGCUGUCAUCGGAGCAGCGGCAUAAUAUUAGGAAGGUUCUUGGAGGGGGAGGGCAGCCUCAGCAGUAAUGAUGACGUUCCGGAAGCAAAUUCAGCUCUCCCAUAGUUGUCCAUGAAAUGCAGACUAAUUCAGAUGAUCUUCUUUGGUUGGCUUGUAUGUCUAGUUACUUUUGGUUUGCGGGCACUUGUUCCUGAUCUGCUCCUUUGUUGAAGAAAUAGCGAUAGUAAUUGUUGACUACUCCAUACAGAUUACGGUGUAAUGUUAAUUUGUUCACUUAUUGAGUCACAUAUUUCAAUAGUCCUUGAAAAUUGUACAAAUUCCAAUCUUCUCCUUCCUUUGUGAAUUAUCAUGUGUUGCAAGUAAAAGAGUGAAAGCAUUUUUUUCA